UGCUCCUACGGUGAGUUUUACCCAGCGGUUGCAUGAUAACCAGCACCUGGCCCGGGAGGAAACAGGAGACGAGCAGCCCGCCUUCCCCUUGUUCUGUCUUUUAUCUACGGAAAUGAAUGAUGCAGUGGCCAUGGAGGCCACCAGGAGACGAACCCAGCACCAUGCCAAUGGGAAAGCAUCUGAACAGGGGGAGCAGCCAGCACAGUGGGGGAGAGCAUGGGAGGUGGACUGGUUUUCCUUGAGCAGUGUGAUUGGCCUCCUUUGCUUUGCCCCUUUCAUUGUCUUCUACUUCGUGAUGGCCUGUGAUCAGUACCAGUGCUCUGUCAGCCAGCCUCUGUUGGAGCUGUACCAAGGAGAGACCACGCUGCUCUCCAUCUGGGCCCGGGCACCCACCUUCACCUGGUCAGCUGCCAAGAUAUAUGCCAUCUGGGUGGCCUUCCAGGUGUUCCUGUAUAUGUGUGUUCCUGAUGUUACUCAUAAGUUUAUUCCCGGCUAUGUUGGUGGAGUACAGGAUGGAGCACGAACUCCUGCUGGCCUGAUUAACAAGUAUGAGGUCAACGGGCUGCAGUGUUGGCUGAUCACUCAUGCUCUGUGGUAUGCCAACGCCCAGUAUUUCCACUGGUUUUCUCCCACCAUCAUCUUCGACAACUGGAUCCCCCUGAUGUGGUGUGCUAACAUACUGGGCUACGCUGUGUCCAGCUUUGCUUUCAUAAAGGCCUACCUUUUCCCCACUAAUGCUGAGGACUGCAAGUUCACAGGGAACGUCUUCUACAACUACAUGAUGGGCAUCGAGUUCAACCCACGCAUCGGCAAGUGGUUUGACUUCAAGCUUUUCUUCAACGGUCGGCCCGGCAUCAUAGCCUGGACUCUUAUCAAUCUGUCCUACAUGGCCAAGCAGCAAGAACUGUACGGCCACGUCACCAACUCCAUGAUCCUGGUCAACGUACUGCAGGCCAUUUAUGUGUUGGAUUUCUUCUGGAAUGAGGCGUGGUACCUGAAGACCAUUGAUAUCUGCCAUGACCACUUUGGAUGGUAUCUGGGCUGGGGAGACUGUGUCUGGCUGCCGUACCUCUACACACUGCAGGGUCUGUACCUGGUGUACCAGCCAGUCCAGCUCUCCAACGCCCACGCCCUGGCUGUCCUGUUGCUCGGCCUGGUCGGGUAUUACAUCUUCCGCUCCGCCAACCACCAGAAGGACCUGUUCCGGCGGACCGACGGCUCGUGCUCCAUCUGGGGCCGGAAGCCAGCGUACAUCGAGUGCUCGUACCGCUCCACAGAUGGCGGCGUUCAUCGCAGCAAGCUCAUGACCUCAGGUUUCUGGGGAGUGGCCCGCCACCUCAACUACACAGGGGACCUGAUGGGUUCGCUGGCCUACUGCGCCGCCUGUGGCUUUGGCCACAUACUCCCAUACUUCUACAUAGUAUACAUGACCAUCCUGCUGGUCCACCGCUGUGUGCGCGAUGAGCACCGCUGCAGCAGCAAGUACGGCAAGGACUGGAAGCGCUACACAGAUGCUGUGCCUUACCGACUUAUUCCUAGUGUGUUUUAGAGAGGGGGGGGAAAGAGCGGGAGGAGGGAGAUCGAGAAGUAGGGUGGGGGCUAAGAAUAAGGUAACAUUGUAACACCCAACGUGACAUCAUGACUUUGCGUAAACAUACACGGCAAAAUGGCAUACGAAUUGCCGUGUCAUACAUACGCCACUUAUUGAGAUCAGUCUGUAACACCACAUUUCAUACAUUCUGAAAUGGAUAUGCAUGUCUAAUGUGUAGCCAGCUAUACAUGUGUAUAUGCGGGUACAGAAACUAUAUUUCACUGCCUCGUUAAAGGCAGUUUGAUAGACCAGCCUGCUGCUUUCAGUACACAGUUAGAUAGUUAAGUAGUUAACUACAUUUUAAUAACAAUACAAUGUGUAUUUGAAGCUGGUAAGACCAAGCUAAUCUUAAACCAGCUGAACAGUAGCAACAGAAACAGUCAGUCCUGUAGUGGGCUGUUGUCUACAGCUACUCUCCUCAAUGCUGUGACAUUCCCAUAAUGCAGUUUGAUAGUUACCAAGGCAAACAUGGCUGGAUCCAGUUUCUCAAACGUGAGAAUUUGAUGUUUUAUAUCAUUGUAAAUGUAACACCUGUUGUUCAGUCAAAACAAGAAUUUGAUGAUGUCACUUAGCACUUAGGUAGCCUAUGAUGGGGGCUUUUCAUUAGCCUUGCCAUUUUUCAACUAAAUGUGUAAUCAUGAAUGAAAAACUGAUAUAUUUAAUGAUCAAUUUUGUUGCCACUCUACUGGCUUAAUGGACCAAAUGUGAUUGUUGGCUCCACUGACAAGACCCACCUCAUAAAAAGUUAUGUUCUCUUUGUUUAAAGGUUGUCUGAGUGCUCCGAUGUAUUCACUGUUGUUUAUCUAACUCCAGGGGAACGUUUGUUAGGUUAGGUUAUUGCUUGUCCCUUGUUUCCUUGUUCCUUGUUUUUAUUUCCUCAAAACCAGCACAGCCUUACUCGGAGCGAUAAAGUAAAGAAACAAACUUCUCUUAUGACUAA